UGUUCUGUCCAUGCGCAGUAGAAAUGGGUUCUGUCCAAGGAAUAUCAACAUUGACGAAGAGACCGAGUCUGAUAAUUUAAUAUCUUGCAUGGCUGUACACACGCAAAUUCUAGGCUUACCCGAAUUGUCGUCGGAUCAACCGGGGACAACUCGGGUUUUGCGAAUCAAAGUUAUCAGCGGAACAAACUUAGCGAAAAAAGACAUAUUUGGUGCAAGUGACCCAUAUGUGAAAAUCAGCCUGUACCGAGGUGACCGGGAAGCCGGUAUUAUAGAUAGUGCCAACACCGCUGUCAUCAAAAAGACAUUGAAUCCAAAAUGGGAGCAAGAGUUCCUGUUCAGAGUAAACCCUAGAGACAAUGUGUUAUUGUUUGAAGUGUUUGAUUCAAACAGAGUGACCCGAGAUGACUUCUUGGGAUUGGUGGAGAUCCCACUGGCCCACACCAGUAUCAUCUGUGAGAGAACGGGACGUGAUGUGCCGGCCAAAGACUACAUCCUCAGACCUCGCAGACGGUGGAAUCGAUUUGUAAGAUCAAGAGUCAAAGGUCACCUAUGGCUGUAUCUGGCUUUGUUACCAUCGUCGGACACAGAGGAGGAUGAGGAAGGUGAAGAUACUGCUGCUGGACAGACCCCACAAGAGGUGGGUCAGACAGGAUGGGAGUUUGUAGAUAUGUCCAACAGUAUUAAUGAGGCCGGUGCGUCUGGCCCGACCCAGGAGGCGAGUAGCUCUGAUCCCCUGCCCCCUGGAUGGGAGAUGAGGAUACAUCCGGACAACCAAAGAAAAUACUACAUCAAUCAUACCACACGAACAACACAGUGGGACCCUCCCACAGGGGCAUUAGGAAGCAGUGACCUACCCAAUGGUUGGCAGGAGAGAAUGGAUUCCAAUGGUAGAACAUAUUAUGUCAACACACAGACCAGGUCAACACAGUGGGAACGACCCACAGGAACCGAUACCACAGAAGAGGAAACAGCCGGAGAGGAUCGGCGACAGCAGCAGAGAAAUAACGCCGCCCAGAUGUACCGGGCUCGACGACACAUCAGUAUGGAGGACACCAUCAGUAUGCACAGUGAUAUUGACAGUCCUACGCAAUCUCAACGACCUGCAUCUACUGGUCAGACAGAGAUCAGAAAUCAACUCAACCGUCAAAGAUUUGCGUCAGUUAACUCUGCUCCCAGAUUAAAUACCGCUGCUACAGGAGGAGAACCAGAAGAGGAGCCACUAGGACCAGGCUGGGCAAUAGGUAUGGCUCCAAAUGGUCGAGUCUUCUACAUCAACCACAAUAACAUGAAGACCACAUGGGAGGAUCCACGAAAAGCCACAAGGACAGCCAGUAUGAGGAGUCAGCAUGGGGAAAUGCCUAACCUAGUCACCAGGGCGUCCUCAAAUGAGGACCUCCUCGUCAACCUGGGGCCAUUACCAGCUGGAUGGGAAGAGAGAACACACUCCGAUGGCAGAGUAUUCUACAUUAAUCACUCAACCAAAAUGACCCAGUGGGAAGAUCCUCGGUUACAGAAGCUAGGAGGGCAGGCAGUACCGUAUUCCAGGGAUUACAAGAGGAAGUAUGACUAUUUCAGAUCAAAGUUACGGAAACCACAAAAUAUACCAAAUAAAGUGGAUAUUAAGAUUAGCAGAGACAAUAUAUUUGAAGAUUCCUACCGUGCCAUCAUGAGUGUUAAAAAGCCAGAUGUUUUAAAAACCAGGUUAUGGAUUGAGUUCGAAGGUGACACAGGUCUUGACUAUGGUGGUGUUGCUCGUGAAUGGUUCUACCUCCUCUCUAAGGAAAUGUUCAACCCCUUCUAUGGCCUGUUUGAGUACUCAGCCACAGACAACUACACCUUACAGAUCAAUCCUUUGUCAGGCCUGGCCAACGAUGAUCAUUUAUCUUACUUUGAAUUCAUUGGCAGAAUUGCGGGAAUGGCUGUGUACCACGGCAAACUGCUCGACGGUUUCUUUAUUCGUCCAUUUUACAAGAUGAUGUUGGGUAAAAGCAUGAUCCUACAAGACAUGGAGCCAGUUGACUCGGAGUAUUUCAACUCCUUGUGUUGGAUCCGAGACAAUGACCCUAUUGACCUCGACCUGACGUUUAGUGUGGAGGAGGACUAUUUCGGAGAGAUAACAGAACGGGAACUUAAACCAGGUGGAAAGGACAUAGUGGUCACAAAUGAUAACAAGUUGGAAUAUAUAAAUUUGGUGAUAAACUGGAGGUUUGUGUCUCGAGUGUAUAACCAGAUGACAUGCUUUAGGAAGGGUUUCAAUGCCCUAGUCAACCAGACACUACUGCAGAUAUUUGAUGAAAAUGAGCUGGAGCUGUUGAUGUGUGGGCUACAGGACAUUGAUGUUAAUGACUGGAAAGCUAACUCUGCCUACAAAGGGGAAUACAACCCCAACCACCCGACCAUCAUCUACUUCUGGAAGGCUGUGUAUUCCGUGAACAAUGAGAUGCGGUCGAGACUGCUCCAGUUUGUGACGGGGACAUCACGUGUCCCAAUGAACGGUUUCCGGGAACUGUAUGGUAGCAACGGCCCCCAACUGUUUACCAUAGAGAAAUGGGGCACCACCAAAAAGCUUCCAAGAGCUCACACCUGCUUCAACAGACUUGAUCUCCCACCUUAUGAGAGCUACGAGGAGCUGAGGAAAAAGCUGCUAACAGCAGUAGAAAACACAGAGGGAUUCGAAGGGGUUGACUAAACAGCCCAGUUCUCCAUGGCAUCGGCAAUAAUGGAGAGAGAUACCAUGACUUUCACAGACCAAUGUCUGCUUCCGACCGUGCCCUCGAGCCUCCGGAUUUGUCAAAUACUGAAAUUCUCCAACAACAACUAUUUGAGAAUUUUAAGUAGAGGCAGGCCAACUACAGAAAAAUUGGUCAGUCAGCAAACUGAUGUCUUUGUCAUCAUUGGAUGCGACCCCAGCCGACAUUAAGACCAUACUCGCUUGAUUGGAUUACAGGAAGGUCAAAGUUACUUUACUUCAUAGAGAAUGAACAGUGUGAUGAAAGCAUGAAAGAUUUGGGAAAAGGGGAAUAUUCAACAGGAAGUACAUGUUUUAACCAAGGAUAACACAAAUUGUAAUAGGACUUGUUAUCUUUAUGUCAAAGUUUCCUAUUCCAUAUCUUAAGUCAGAUUAUGAAUUUACACAGAAAAAAAAGAAGACAUUUCAUCAUGGUUUUGCUACACUAUUCUAUUUAAAAUUCAUUGGUUGACAGUAUAAUGAUGAACUGGUUUUACAAAGUUAUUUAGAGGAUUGUGUCUAUAAUAGAUUAAUGGAUGUAAUAUGACAAUGAGUAAGAUUUGAGUCUGAUCAGUGUUUAAAGAUAUUGUUUAUGUUUUCUGGCACUUGUGUGUAUGACAAAAUUGUACAUUUUUUGGAAGCCUGUCAGAUACUAGGAAAGAAAAAUGUCAAAUGGGAAAUUGAUUUAACACAGGCUAAUAUAUAACAUUUUGAAAGGCAAAAUGGUGAAAAUUUUGCAAGACAAAAAGAAAUUACAGUUUGGGUCCCACGUGUGCUGGUAUGCAUUUACCAACUACAUACACAACGUUAGUAUGAACAGGUCAGAUUCAUUCUUAUAGGUAUUGUCAAGAUCCACGAAGCAAUCAAUUUGAAAAUUGUGAGUUUUUUCAUCAAGAUUAUAUUUGGGUUUUUUAUUCAAGUUAAUAUGUUUAACAUCUUUGUUUAGUUUUGUGAAGUGAAUUAACUGUUAUUUAAAGGAUAUAAUUGCUUAAACUUGCCAAAACUAAUUUCUUUUUUACUACCACCAUCAUGCUAGCAUUAAAAUUUAAUCUGUGUAAUUUGUAUGUUUACUGUUAGAAAUUUCCCUAUGAUUUAUAUAUACUCUGUUAAAAAAAGUUAAACAAUACUUUAAUUUGCGAGGAAUUUAUCAUUUUGCAAUUGUAUUCAACUUGUUAUCAAGUAAUUCAUUAAAGAGUUAAGUUGUAUAGACAUUUCUCUACUAGUGGGGCCAUGGUGGCGGGAUGGUAAAGGCGUCUGACCGUCUAUGAUCACAAGCCCUCCACGACCGAGUCGCGGGUUCAAGGCUUAUGCGGGACAGUCACCAGGUACUAGCCUUAACAAGAAACAAACAAAUCACUACUCUAGUGUACAGUCACCAUCAUUAGUACAGGGACAAAAAGUGCUCAAUCCAAAUCAGAUUUUUUUAUAAUAAGGUAUUGCUGAUCUGCAACGGGAGUUUAUAAUGUUCUCUUUGACUUCUUUUGAGGUACGCCCCAGCAGGGUGCAGUACAUUUUGUAUACACCUAUUGCUCAAUAGAAAAAACAUGAACUAGCUUACAUGUGCUGAUGUAUCAGUAAGUUUACCUGGUUAAUUUAGUAUAGAUAUCAGUAUAUUGGCAUUAGGUGGACCCAGUGGUCAGUCAUCAGGUUGUGUCAAUUUUACCUAGUUCGGUCACGUAAUAUUUUCUAAGAUAUUCUAAUAAUUUGUACUUUAGAGCUACUUUGAGUUAUAAAUGUGGAUUUUGGUACUACCUCAUAGAAUGGAAUUUGUUUCUUUAUAAUUGGCAAUGACAGACUACAGAAGCCAGUACAGGUCACUUAGAGGUCGUAAUAAUGAAAUUGGGACUUCAUUUCGCUGUCAUAGUAACGGCACAGCUUUGUUAUUAUAACAACCUAUUUUUGUUUUAACAAGAGAGCGUUGUUGUUAUUUGAGAUAGUAAGACUUUGCAACAUGAUAACUUUUAUAUUUUGAGACAAUCAUAAUUACUCAAGAAAGUAAUAAGCUAGUGUAGUCAUAACUUCAAGUAGUAUGGUAAGUCGUUAUCAGGGCUUUUUCUCAGUGGCUUAUAUAGGCUUUAAUAGCAAGUUACAAUGGAAAAUGAUGCAACUUUAAUGUUCAACAUAGGUACACCUCUUUUUGACAAGUGCAACCCCCCAAAUAUGCCAUGACUGUUGAUAACAUUAAUGAUAUGCAUGACCUAGAAUUUGUCCAGUUUUUAUACGCCCGUCGAAGACGGGGACGUAUUAUGUUAUCACGUGAGCAGGCGGGCGGGCGGGGCAAAUGAUGUCCGCUCGAUAUCUCGAGUAAUUAUUAACGGAUUUACUUCAAACUUCACAACAAGGCUAAUUACCAUGAAAG